UUGUCAGAUGUCAACCGUAGCGUGUGCCACCUAGCUACGCACCCUGUGUCAAAUUAUAGAUCUGUUAACGCAGUUGACAGCAUUAUGUCACACCGCAUACUAGGAUCCUUUGUGACCCAUGCCAUUCCAAAAGCCAGCUGGGAUUGGCAUGGACUUAAAGGUUGCUGCUGUGUAUGUCACACUCAUGUUUAUGUCAGGGUGCAGUCUGCCUACAGAGGACAUCAUUUUCUUGGAUGUAAGAAAAACACAUUUUCUCACACCCACCUAAUUUCCUCGGUGCAGUGGUGUGACACGCAGAAGAUCAGCCUACAAAAAAAUACCUUUAAGUCUAACUAUCUUUUAUACACAUGGCCACAUGUCUCAUUUCAGCAUAACCAGCAACAACAGCAACAGUAUCAUCACUUAGCCAGAUUUUGUGAUAUUAAUUCUUUGUUCAUCAAGCACAUGGGAGCUCAAGGCUUCUUCCACACAGAUGUUAGACUGAACAAGGAAGAAACUAAAGUAGAGAAGUCUGUGAAGGCUUUGAAAGAUAAAGUUGUUAAAUCUGAAAAAGUUGAGGAGACUGUUAAAAAUGUUGAAGAUGCAGUCACCACCCCUGAUGAGCCUAAAACAAAGAUUGUGCCAAAGAAAUCUCUGUGGGAGCGUGUUGUUGCUGAACUAAAGCAUUACUAUCAUGGCUUCCGUCUUCUGUUCAUUGACAUCAGAAUAUGCAUUCGUCUUUUGUGGGAUGUACUAAAUGGAAGGUCACUGACACGGCGUGAAAGGAGGCAGUUGGUUCGAACCACAGCUGAUAUGUUCCGACUGGUGCCAUUUUUGGUAUUUAUUCUUGUUCCCUUUAUGGAGUUUUUGCUGCCUGUUGCCAUAAAACUUUUCCCUAAUAUGCUGCCAAGCACCUUUGCUGAAAAAGAUAAAGAGCAAGAAAAGUUGAAAAAGAAUCUGAAACUAAAACUUCAAAUGGCCAAGUUCCUGCAGGAAACUAUUCAUGAGUUUGGCCUGCAGGGCAAGAAAAAGCAGGGUGGUGCUGUUGAAGAAUUCUCCCAGUUUGUUGAAAAGAUUCGAAGCCAAGGUAUUCGACCAACUACAGAAGAGAUUAUGCACUUUGCAAAGCUCUUUGAAGAUGAGAUAACCCUUGACAAUCUCUCCCAUCAACAGUUGCAGGCAGUCUGUCGAGUUCUUAAUAUACAGCCAAUUGGUAUUGAUGCCUUCCUUCGUUUCCAGCUUGACUUGAAGCUCAGACAACUUGCUGCUGAUGAUAAAAUGAUCCUGAAGGAAGGCAUUGACAGCCUAUCAAUAGCAGAAUUGCAAUCAGCCAACCGUGCACGCGGCAUGCGUGCUUUGGGUGUUCCUGAGGAAAGGUUAAAGGAACAGCUGCAACAAUGGCUGACUCUUCACCUGGAGAAGCGAAUUCCAACAUCACUGCUGUUGCUGUCACGAGCGCUGUACCUUCCAGAGACACUAUCAGAAGAGGAGAAGCUGCAUGCUACUAUCACAGAGCUGGCUCAGUCUGCCCCAACUGCUACUGUGGAGGCCAAACUGAAGGCUGCUGAGAUUGCAGGUGAGGCUAUAGACAACAAAACACGCCUGGAUAUUAUCAAGCAUGAAGAGAAUAUCAUUGCUGCUGAGCGAGAUGCACGCAGACAAGAACAAGAGGCGGAGGAAGAAAGAGUGAGGCAACAGGAACGUGAAAUGGCAGAGGCUCAGGCUGCACAGUCAGCAAUGGAGCAUCCAGAGCAUUUGCGAGAUGAGGCUCUCAUCCUUGAACCAGCCAAAUCUGAACUGUUAAUCGACAAAGCUAAAGAACUGACGGGAACAGCUGAAGAGCAAAAGGCCCUGAAGGAUGCAGAAAAGGAGGAGCAUAUUACAGUCAAGGAUCUUGAGGAGAUCGAGACUGCUCUAGAGGAAAUUGCAGAGCACAAGCAACUUAACAUUGAGAAAGAAGAACUGAAAGAUCUCAAGGAAGAAAUUAGCGAAUAUAAGGAGGAUUUAAUGGACCUGAAAGAGGUGAUUGUCAGCUCUGGGGCAGCACAAGAUGAGAUGGUGGAAUCAAAGCCUGCCAAGCAUCUCACCAAGAGAGUAGAUCGCCUGAUUGGGCAGAUUGACUCUGUUAUGGAUGAACUGCAGGCAGAAAAGAAGCGCUUCCAGGAGGAGGUGGAGGUUGGGGAGGUGCGCUUGAAAAGUAGUUCAGAACUGCAGGCUGACGAAAGUAAGGUUGAGGAGGUCAGGCAACAUAUCACAGAGAGCAAGAAUAACAUCAUCACUAUCAAUGAAAUGCUUCUUGCCAUGAAGAGACUUAAAAAAUUACCUAUUGAAACCAAAUUGCAACGCAUUGUUGAAGUUCUUGAUGAUGACAAGGAUGGUAAAAUUGACAUCAACUUGGCUCUUAAGGUGUUGGAGCUGCUUGCCCAGGAAAAUGUGAAGUUUAGCAAGGAACAGGUUUCAGAGAUGGUAAAUCUGCUCAAGUGUGAAAUGGAGCUUGAGGAGAAAGAAAAACAGGAAGGAAAAGAGAAACAAAAGCAAGCUGAAGAGGCUCAGCAUGAAGCCACUUCAGCAGAAAAGAGACCUGGUAGAUAAUCACAUAAAUGAAGUUUUUAAAAGAGGAAAUGGAAUAAAGCAUCUAAGCUAGUUACCAGCAUAUUUUUUAAAACUGAGUAAGGGGUUGUAGAAAUUUUCUGUUACCACUUUCCAUUGACAAGCAGCAGCAAGUGUUCAUAGAUAAAAAUGCAAUUCCACACAAACAUAGCAUGCUAUUGUAAACACCAUUUUAUAGUAGGUAUACAAAAAAUAGGAGUUGCUAUCUUGUUCCAACAAGCAUAUUACCAGUUGAUUAAACUGGAUAUGUUCUCUUUGGUAAAACAUAAGCUCUGCCUUUUGUUGCUUUCUUGUGUGUGAUGUUUAAUUAUCAUAGUGUUGAUUGCAAUAGACAUCUAGUUUGUUGGCUGUGCAUGUGAGAUGGCAGAAGAUGAAUACAGGGGCAUGGCAGACUGAUACUUCAUUGUAUUUGCUAUUGUUAAAAGUAUGAAGUGUGCAAUUAUUGGUAGAAUUUUCAAUAUAAAAAGAUCUCACUGACAGGAAAUUGUGGAUAGACUAUAUAUCCAUGUAUAUUUGUAAACAGAAUACAGGCAUUAUUUUUGCAUAACCAGAUAUACCUAAAGGGACAUUCUACACAUUGUCCUGUUCUUUGAUCUGGUUCUUGAAAGCAGGCAUGUAUAAUUAAGAGGAAAUACUUAUCAUACGAGUAUAUGUACAUAUGUGUUUGAAGAUAGAUACUUGUCUUGAACAGGAUUGAAUCUCACAUAGGCACAUACUCUUAGUAAGCUGAGGCCAUUAUGCUAACAUUCAGGUAUAUAUGGUGAAAUUUACUGGUCGUAAGAAAAAAAAUCAUUAAAAUUGUGCAUCAAUGCUUAUCACAAGAAUGGCAAGAACUACCAAAAAUGUUUGUCAUUCUGCAUAUCAAGGCAAAAAUAUUGAUUUUUGAAGUAUGAUGUUAACUUUGUCCAGGUUGGUCUUAGGUCUGUUCCAGAAAAAGAAAAACGGUGACUUUUUAUUGUGCACGAAGGGGAAAAAUAUUAUAGUGAGAAAAGUUGAAAACAAUUGGAGCGGUGGGGGAUUAUUUGGAGUAUGUGCCAGCAAGUUAAACAAAGGCGUGACACUGAGAGUGAGUCUGGUCUGUAUUUUUUCCUUAGAAUUUAUGUACAUUCUAGUAGACUAGUAGGGUAUAUCAUCCAGACAGAACAAAUAACAGAAAUAUAGGAAGCAUGGUAAAGUGAACACUACUAAAGCCAUGCACUUCAUGUAGUUCUGAUAAAAUUACAAGCUUGGUUUGUCACUUUUCAAGCCACUGUUUACAGAUACACUUAACUGGCAGUAGUUGUUGCUAAAGAAAAGCUUGAUGCUAUAGAUUUGAUUGUUUUCUUGGAGGUUGGCGCUAAUACUUUAAAUCUGGCAUUUCAUAAUUGCACUGGCCCCCAUCUAAUCAUCCUGACUGCUUUUAACACCUGCAAGUGAAUCUACACAGAUGUAUAUGUUUAUAUGUACAUGUUACAAAAUCUCGGCAGUUCUAUUGAAAACUUUUUACCAGCAUCAGUUAUGAUGCUAGGAUUGCUAACCAGACUUGUCAGACAAAUGAAAGUGAUGCACAUGGGUGUUGUCAUUUUGCAAGAUGUCUAAAAGUUUAUCCACAUAAAGGUCUUAUUUGAUCUUUUUAUGCCUAAUUAUGUGAAAGUUGCACUUUUUGUAGGAAUUUGUACUUACAUUUUUUGUGUAUUUUAUAUUUUGUAACAUGGUAUGGACAGUUUUUAAAAAACAUCAAACAUCUGGUUUAGACUGUUGCAUUCCUGCACAAAUCAUGUAUGAAGACAGGUUUUAGAUUGUAUUUAUAUGUUGAUAUUAACCCUCUUAGUACAAUGGGCCACAAUCAGGCUCAUGACCCUAGAAUAGUAAACUGAAUUUUUCUUGGAUUAUUGCUUUCACCAGAGUGAAAGUAGGCAAUUUUCAUUACUUUUUAUUGCAAAGUUCAAGUUUUGUCCUUUCCAAAUAUUUAUAGGCUUUCUGGUCUAAUGUUUACCUGAGAGCAGCAAAGUAUAAAAACAAACAUCACCCACUGAUAGUUAUAUUUUUAUGCCAUGCUAAGAGGGUUAAUGAUUGAUUUUGAUUUUUUUACAAAUGGGAAGAAUGAAUUUCUUGAUGGAAAAAAAAAAAUGACUUCUAAAACUGCUUAAUGGUUUAGAUGGAAUGAGCAACACAUUUUUACUGCUCUUGAGGAGUACCAAAAAUUUACUCUUCAGAUUUAUGCUUAUCGGAAACAAACAAACAAAAAAAUGCUAUUGGGCAGAAAGUUUUAAAAAUAAAAUUAAGUAAUGCAGAAAGGAUGUGUCGGACAUAAGCAGGAUAUGCAUACAUGAGUCCUUGAAAUUUUUAAGCAUAUCUGUCGAUACCACAUAUGUAAAAUGCUCAGCCCUGUGACUUCUGCCAUGCAGUAGUUGCUAAUGAAUAAAAGAUUCAUCAGGUUAAA